GUACAACUGUCCAAGCACACACUUGUUGUUUUGUUUCAGAAUUAAGCAUUUUCAUUUUAUAGAUGCUUUUCAUCUGCGUUAUAAUGCUGAAGCAUUGGUUGUUUUCACUUUCUAGAGUACAUGAAAGUGAAGUGGAUUUGAUGUGCCUUAUUCAGAACAUAAUUGGUCGAUUAGCUACUCAAUAGGUUUCAUUGAAAAAUAUAUGAGCCACCACUAUCUGGGACCCGCUGCAACAUUUAUGUUAUUUAGUUAGAAAUUUUCAAUAACAUUUAACAUGUGCAGCAUGUUGUCAACAUGUUGUAUUAGACGAUGUUGCAAAUAAUUAUUUCGUUUGCGCAAUCUAAGAUUCUAUAGGGCAAGUUACAUCUUAUGUAGAGAGAUCUUUCUGAGUUUCAUGUUAUACUUAAUCGCUCUGCUACAACAACUUAUGCAAAUGGCCAGGGAAUAUUUUGCUAUCUAUGCAGAAACUUGUUUUGCAAGUUUUGGUGACAGAGUGAAGCAUUGGAUAACAAUCAAUGAACCCCUUCAAACGUCUGUAAAUGGCUAUUGUGCUGGGAUAUUUGCACCUGGACGACAUCAGAAAGAAUCUGUUGAACCAUUCUUGGCUGCGCAUUACCAAAUUUUGUCUCAUGCAGCUGCUGUCGACGUGUAUCGGAGGAAAUUUAAGGCUGCACAAGGUGGUGAAAUUGGAUUGGUGGUGGACUGCGAAUGGGCGGAAGCAUUUUCCAAUAAAUUGGAAGAUAAGCUUGCUGCUCAGAGGCGUCUGGAUUUUCAGCUUGGAUGGUAUUUGGAUCCUAUAUUCUAUGGAGACUACCCAGCAUCUAUGCGGGAACGACUAGGAGAUCGACUUCCCACAUUUUCCGAGGGAGAGAAGAAACUAUUGAGGAAUUCACUUGAUUUUAUCGGCUUGAAUCAUUAUACUUCAAGAUUUAUUGCACAUUUACCUAAGCCUGCGGGUGACUAUUUCUAUCAAGUACAGGAGGCAGAGAGGAUAGUUAAAUGGCAAGGGGGCGAGAUGAUUGGCAGCAAGGCUGCAUCAGAGUGGCUCUACAUAGUUCCUUGGGGCAUUCACAAACUUCUUAACUACAUAGCGAAGAAAUAUCCCAAUACACCGAUAUAUAUUACUGAGAAUGGCAUGGAUGAUGAGGACAAUGAAGAAGCAACACUCGACGAGAUGCUAAAUGAUGAGAUGAGAGUGGGAUAUUUUAAGGGCUACCUUGCUUCUGUGGCUCAAGCAAUCAAGGAUGGUGUUGAUAUCCGAGGAUACUUUGCAUGGUCAUUGCUAGAUAACUUUGAGUGGGCUCAAGGAUACACCAAGAGGUUUGGCCUGGUUUACGUCGAUUACAAGAAUGGGCUAAAAAGACACCCCAAGUCAUCGGCUCGCUGGUUUAGUCGUUUCUUGAAGGGCGGUAAGGACGAUAACAGCAACAGUGCGUGAUUUAUGUUUGCUAAAACUGUGUUUUACUCUGUUAUGUACUGUAAAGACCCUUGCAACUAUGCCUUUAUGUUCUGCUAUUUGGUGACAUGCAAUGAUCCAUUAAAGCUACGAUAAAGCCCGGAGAGAGAUCUAUAGCCUGCGGAUUUGCGUCCAUUAGAUAUGUGAAGCAUUCAUUCUUCAGUUCUCUAAUACUCCCACAGGGUUCUGAUGAUAUAAGCAGUUGUGGAAGCUUGUGAUGAACAAAGUACCCCUUAAAUUUUUUUGUUAAAUCUAAGUUGUGAUACUAAAUUAGAGUACUUUUGAGAUCAGGACGGAGAACCGUUGAUGCAGUUUCCUCCAAAAAGGAAAAAAAAUAAAAAUUAGUUGCAAUUAAUUUUUGAAUCUGUGCA